AUGCUACGCCUAUACACCCUCACCGCCCGCCUCCUACGGCCAUCACCAUCACCCUCGCUCGCACUCCCAACGCCCUUUACGCCGCGAUCACUGAGUACGACCUCCAGGCUCCUCUCGGCGCCGCGGACAAGGCGGUUCGCGCAGCACGGUUCCGGUGGCAAGCUCAAGACGCACCAGGCCACAAAGAAGCGCUGGACCCCCACCGGCUCCGGGAGCGGCAAGGCGUUCCAGCUCGUCUUCAAACGCGCCUAUGCGGGCAAGUCGCACCUCAACUCGCACAUGUCGAGCGACCGCCUCAACCGUCUCGGCGCAACCGCCUACUCGAAAGCAGGAAGACUCAACCGUACCCUCCGCAGGCUCCUCGCCCCCAGCCUCUGA